AUCUUGACAGUUGAGUAGACAUUGACAAUCAGCUGAUCCUUUUCCUUGACCCAAGUUUCGCGUUCGAUGUAGCAUAUUCUCGAAAUCGCCGUCCUUUUUUUAUUUGUGCAACUUAUAUCUUUGUAUCCUUUUUUAUCGACAUCGAACUAAGAAUGAAGAAUAUUAACGUCAUGAAAUCAUGAUCGCCAGACGCCAGUUCGCCACGUCUAUCGCCUAUCAGUUUCAGACGUUCGUCAGUUUGAUAUCUCACGUAGAGUUAUCAGGUCGGCUACGAUAACUUAAAAUAGUCUGGGGGUGUUUAUGUUCGAAUCCCAGCCAUGACAAAUGUACAGACAGUUUACUUUGCGAUAUAUUUUUUUGUGAUUUACAUUUGCACUUACAAAACACAUGACAUGAUGAUGCAAUAAAAGUUUGACUACAGAAAUCAAGUUCAAAGUGCUAAAACAAUUGGCGUCGAAUCGAUUUCUACAGUGAAGCAAAUAUCGUGCGUCACUUGCCAUAAAGCUAGGUUAAUUAAGCAGAACAUAUUGAAUGGUUGGGAAAAUAUUGUAAUGUAUGGUAAACGUGUGAAGUGAUUUUAAUGGUGGCACGUGCUGGACACUGUAGGACCCGCGAGAGAGGCUGUUGAAGCGGCCUACCAUGACUGAUAUCAGUGCCGUCAGGUAUCUUCUCACUAAGUAGCUAUCCUCUGCACCCUUCCGAUGUUUGCUGUGCCCUGCACGGACUCACUGUUCUGACACACUAGCACCCUUCAUUUGACUCACUUGUUGAACGAGGACCGAGAACGCAUUCCGUGCCUGAGCUCAGACAGCGACCGCACGAUGUGGGGAGCACAGCGCCGCGUCCUCCUCCUGGACGUCCUGCUGGCCUGCUGGGGCGUGGGCACGUGGCUGGGCGUCAACGGGCUCUACGUCCAGCUGCCGCUGCUCGUGGAACGGCUGCCCGAGGGCUGGGCGCUGCCUUCAUCCAUGGUUUUAGCUGUCCAACUUGCCAACUUGGGAUUAGUGGCUUACGCGCUGUUGCGCCGGCUCCGACCGCGAGCUUCUGACUCUCCCUACAUCUACGGAUUGCUAGUUGUAGGAACCCUCGCACUUGCACUCAAUGCCUUCCUUUACGAGCAGACAGUGGCAAACCGCUCCCUCGCGUUCCUCUUCUUAACUUUCUUCGCGGCGCUCGUAGGAUGUACGAGUUCUGUUUUAUUCUAUCCGUACUUGAGGCACUUCCGCGACGUGUAUCUCGCGACGUAUUUAGUCGGCGAAGGUUUGAGCGGAUUCAUCCCGGCUAUCUUAGCUUUGAUUCAGGGUAUCGGCGGCGAGCCCACGUGCAUACUCAACGAUGAAGGUACAGGGCUGGUACCGGUCUAUCCGCCGCCGCGAUUCGACACGACUGUGUUCUUAUUGCUGUUGUCAGGCUUGUCAGCGAUGAGUUUGGCCAGCUUCGUAAUAGUAGAUCGAUACAGUGGGUUCGCAUCGGAGCGUGUGGAACCUGCCGCCGCCGCGAAGGAUGACGAAGCGACAUCCGAGCCGGUAGCGCUUCAUCGCGGGCAUUGGCUUUUCGUGUUGGUUCUCAUGGGAGUUCUCAACGCGCUUUCAAACGGGGUUCUUCCGUCCGUGCAGUCGUACUCGUGCAUGCCGUACGGGAACCUGGCAUACCACCUGGCGGUGACGUUGGGCGCGAUGGCGAACCCGGCGGCGUGCCUGGCGGGCGUGUGGCUGGCGCCGCUGCCGGGCCGCGUGCUGGGGGCGCUGCUGUCGGCCGCGGCGGUGCCGCUCGCCUACAUCCUGGUCGCGGCGCUGCUCAGCCCCGAACCGCCGCUGCACCACCACGCCGGCGGAGCCGUUUUAGUGGUGUUGUCGUGGACGCUGGUGAGCGGGGUGGUGUCGUACGCGCGCAUGUGGGUGUACGGGUGGGCGAGGCGGGGCGGCGCGCGCGGCAUGCGCGCCGCGGGGGUGGCCACGCAGGCGGGCUCGGCGGCGGGCUCCGCGCUGCUCUACGUGCUCGUCAACCACACCGCCAUCUUCACACAGCCGCCCGCCUGCCCGCCCCUCAGAUAGUAUCUCCACUACUAAACUUGAUGGCCACAAUUAAGUUACACGUGUUUGGCUUGAUGGUGCUUGAUUUACACUUGUAGUUCUAAUGAAGCUUACGACGCUGGAUGUCAAUGAAAGUUACUGAAUUAUGUGUGUUUUUAGAUUUAAUAUAAGUAUUUGAUAUAAGUAUUUUGUGAUAUCAAAAAUUACUGUUUUGCGACGAGUGGAAAGCUUGUUCUAUUCGUAAGGCUAGGUUUUGUUUGAAGUUGUGUAGGGGCAUUUUCAUAUGUUCCUAAGUAUGUACGGGUAGUUCGCGGAUGUAACAAAACUGACAGUUAUGUGUUUUAAACUUAUGUUAAGCUUAAUUAUGCAAAUCACUGAAUAAAUAUAAAUAAAUAAAAAUGAAAAUUCAAAAAUACUUACCAGCUGAAAUACUUACCGGCUGACGGCUGACCGUAGAAGUAAGUUUUAUAUGUGAUAUAGAAUAUGUUUGACAAACUGCAGGUAGAGUAGAGUACCUGCUCCUCAAUUGGUCCUUGCUAAAUGAGUUUCAUAUACUUGUUCGUAGUAUCGGGUCCGUGAAACUACAUUAAAGAUUUUAAAUAUAGUUUUAAUUGACAGCUCUUAUAUUAUGGCUUUACUUGACGGGGCUUAGUAAUGCACUUUAUUUAAACCGAGUAUUUAUAGUAGAUUGUAGGUACAACAAGGGCAUAAAACGACCAUUCAAGGGGUCAUUCCGUCGUGAAUCUCGUCAGACAUUGAUAGAUACUGCACUUAACAGACUGUAUCAUGACUAUCAUAUGUAUGUGUGUCUAUGUCUAGAAUGUCAUCUUAUCAUUGAUCCAGUAUAUAUAAUGAACCCACUGUUAUCUACUACACAAUUUAACGUUUAGCUGCAUAAGUGUAGGUACUUGUGUCCAGAGUUAAAAGUUAAACUACCAUUUCAAACUUCAAUUUCAAACUCAACGUCAAACUUUUAUUUACAUGGUUCCAUGCAUCUUCAAUGAUAUUUUUAAAUAAAUAUGCUUAAAACUUGCUUCUAACUGCUGUCUUUACUUUUCCUUAAUUCUGUAUAUCAGUAUACUAUUUGCUGAAUCAAAUUGCUUAAUUAUACCUACUAAAUUACCUACUUAAAUAAAAUUUUCGUUUAGGUUUUUAAAUUUGGGUUAUUACUUAUUAUCCUGUUUCGUAGUACUUAUAUAAGUAGUUCUGAUGAUUUAUAGAUGGUUAUGGUCAGUGAUACUUACCUACUUGUUUAUACCUUAUAAAUAGGGUUAUUGACACAUGUUGAAUUUUAUAUCUACAGUUAAAUAGAUAGAAAAUGAGCAAUUCAUCACAAUAAAUUGGAAACUUAAAAAAUAUAUAAGAAUGAUAAAAAAAUACAAGUUUCAAACUUUAAUAUGUGUUUAACUUCCAAAUAGGAAAUAAAUAAUGGUACCAUUCGAUUCCUUACAUUUUAUUGAAAGAAGUAUUGUAUUGCAACAGCAUACAUAAACCGCAAAAAUCGCAAUUUACUUGUUUUCCAUACAUCGAAACGGCUUCUAAGCAAUAGCAUUUUGUUAGAAGCGUUUCGUCAGUAAAGUGCGGAUGCCAAACUUUGUCCGACUUUUGUAUUGUUUUAAGACAAUGGGUCCUAUACAGAGAUUUGAUCCUCAAAACAAACCUGAUCGACUGAUACCAUUAGGUAAUAAAAAUUUGUCAAAUACCCUAUUGUUUAUUAGUUACCUAAAUUAUGAUAUAAUACCUUGUUAUGGACAUUUUCGUUAAUAUCACGAUAUAAUUGUACUUAUGAAGUUUUAGAUACUAACAAUUAUACAGUGUUGA